AUGAGUCAAAUAAAAAGUGUUAAUACACGUGUUACGGAUGAUAAUUCAAUUAUUCGAUCUUCUAUUCCAUUACAAGUAUUAUGUCAUAUUCAUCGACCUAUUAUUUUUCUUUGGUUUGUUGCUGAAAUCUUAAUAUUUGUAUGGAAAGGUCUUAUUAAAUGGCCAACAGAUUGGACAAUAUAUGGUUUUGAAAUCUUUGCAUUAUGUCUUACAUUAACAUUUGAAUAUAUUCGUUUAGAAUUAAUAAUAUAUGCAAAUCUUACUGAAAAAUUAUUUCAUAUAAGAUGUGGAUUUUUAUUAACNGAUCGAAUAUUUAGUUUUAUUUGA